CACCCCGCUGGCACCAGAGGAAACGACGAUGACGACGAUUGCUCUCUAGUCACCGCCACCUACAGGGCACCCUCGUCUCCCUCAGAUCCUUUCUGGGUGUCGCACGCCUUCGACACGGUUCAGGCCGCCGAGCACAGCCAGGCCAUGAGCGAGAGUGUUCCUGCAGCCCAAUGGGAAGACAAGGCCAUGACACUCCGCUCCAGACGCUCCGAGCGAUCCAGACCAGGCCUUCCGAUGACUCCCCCAGCGCCAGCGGACCCUCCGCCACGGUACCUCAGAGUGGGGGCCCUACAGAGGUGGACCGAUACAGGCCUUGACCAACGUGGAGGUCCGGAUAGAGGGAUGCUGGAGGAAUCAGAAAGCGAAGGGCGGGUGGCUUUGGAGAGAGAUCAGGAUGAAGUGGCUGCUGCCCCAAAACGCUUGAAGAUGCUGCAGGCAGAGGAGCAGCAGAAGCCAAGGGCCACCUACUUCGCUCUGACUGGUCAAAUGCAGGAGAUUUCCCCUGGAGGAGCAACCACUGUGGAGGGAGCUCAGCUCUACAAUGAGCCAUCUGUGAGGUCAUCUCUGAGCAGCUUCCCAGCAAGGAGGAACCCUUCCCUAGAACUAGCAUUUGAGCAGGAGAAGUUUGGUGAACUCAUGCUGAGGAGCCAUGUCCAGUCCGUGGACGUCAGGUCACCGACCGACAAAGCAGCCAAAGAGGAAACGGCAAAGAAACAAGAGCAUGAGAAGGAGACUGAAAGACACAGGGCUAAAGUCAACCAACAAGCGCAGGCCGACUUUGAAAGGAUGAGGGAGCUGGAUAGGCAGAGAGAGUACGAAAGACAAAGACAGAAGGCCUUCGAAAAGGAAAAAAGGGAAUUAGAGGAGGAACAGCAAAGGCAAAAACAGCUGGAGCUGGAAAAACAGAAACUCCAAGAACUAGAGAGGCAGCGAGAGAGACGAGAGGUGGAGAGGCAGAAAGAGAUGGAGGCCGAAAAAUCCAGACAGAUGGCUUUAGAACAGGAAAUGCUGAGGAUGAAGGAGCUGGAGAAAAGAACCAAACUGAAGGAGAUGGAGCUGGAAAAACAGAGGCAAAGAGAAAAGGAGAGGAUGCAGGAGAUGGAGAGACUGCAGUUGGAGAAUGAGAGACUGAGAAGAGAGCAGGAGCAGGACAGGAGGAGGAAGGAGGAGCAGGAGAGGAAGAGGAAGGAGGAGCAGGAGAGACUCCGAGAGAUGGAGAGGCAGCAGAUCAUAGAACUAGAGAAGCAGAGAUCCAAAGAGAGAGCAGAAAAAGAGGCAGAGAAAUUAAGACAGAUGGUGUUGGAGCAGGAAAUGCUGAAGAUGAAGGAGCUGGAGAAGGAGAGAGCAAAGGAGAGGGAGAUGGAGAUGGAGCGUCAGAUGGAGAUUAGGAUGGAGAAGGAGAGAGAGCUGGAGAAACAGAGGCAGAGACAACUGGACCUGGAGAGACAGCAGCUAGAAAAGGAGAGGCUGAGAAGAGAGCAGGAGCAGGACAGGAAGAGGAAGGAGGAGCAGGACAGGAAGAGGAAGGAGGAAAAGCAGGAAAAGCUCAAAGAGAUGGAGAGACAGCAGAUUGUAGAGCUAGAGAAGCAGAGACUGAGAGAGAAGGAGGAAAAGGAGGCGGAAAAGUUGAGACAGAUGGCUUUGGAGCAGGAAAUGCUGAAGAUCAAAGAACUGGAGAAGGAGAGAGCAAAACAGAGAGAGAUGGAGAUGAGAGAGCAGGAGAAACGGAGGCAGAGAGAGAUGGAGAGGCAGAGGCAGCUGGACCUGGAGAGACAGCAGUUUGAAAACGAGAGGCUGAGAAAGGAACAGGAGAGGGACCGGCAGAGGAAGGAGCAGGAGAGACUGAGAGAGAUGGAGCUGGAGAAACGGAAAGCAAAGGAGAAGCUGGAAAAGGCCGAGGCUGAGAAGAUGAGGCACAUCGCCAAGCAGCAGGAAGCAGAGAGGCAGCGGCUCAAAGAGAAGCAGAAGAAGGAGGAGGAGGAGAGGCUCCGGUUGGAGUCGUCUCAUCAGAGACACCGAGGUGAUCCAGCAUCUUCCCAAAGCGGCGACCCUUCUCCGCGGUGGAGGGAGCCCCAUAAACCUGCUGGGCUCAACAUCGACUCCUUCACCUCUCCCACUCCGCCCGGGUUUCCUGCUCCUGACGCCUGGUUGCAGCCAACGCCCGGAAGAGACGGAAGCUGGAAGGUCCCGCCACAGACCUCGAGCCCCGUAUGGACAACAUCUCCUCAGGAUCCGUGGGAGCUCCGUCCUGUUGAGAUGUCUGUAGACGGACCCAGAAACGCUCCCAACACGCUCAGCCCAGAACAACCACAGCGGCACAGACCCGCCUUCCUGGACCAGCCUCUGCUCUUGGCUCCUCCUUCAGGGAAGGAGCCCCAAUCAUAUCAGGAACCUCCCCACGGUGGAGACCAGGCCUGGAUUCCAAGAGAGCCCCAUCCUCCCAAGGACAGGAGCCGCAGGAGAACCCAAGGAUCUCAGGAGCUGAGCAGGAUGCGGUCCCGGAGCAUGUGCAGAAGAUCUGCUCCUGCCAGCAGCACCGCCGAGGGGAGUCUGGUCAGGAUGAGGAGCCGCAGCGCCCACAGAGAGCAGGACCUGCCCGGUUUGGUGCAGCAGAAGCAGAGUGGAGAAUCGGACCGCAGAGACUCGGGAACUCCGGUCCGGGACGCCGACAGUCAGUACGGGACCUGGGACACGGGCCUGCGGACCGACGACAGCCUCACCCCUGCCUCCCACAGUUCAGAGAGCACCCGGAGCGCCUCGCCCAGGAAGCACACCCCGCUGCCCUCGCCAGGCCCUCAGGCCUCUGCUCCAGACGGACACUCGUCCUCCUCUGAAGUUCAGCCGCUUGACUUCCCUGAUGCUCCGAUGGUCCUGCUGGAUAACAGCGCUCUGCGCUCCCGCGCCCAGCUGGGGAAGAAACGGGCCCCGCGGACCCGGCCGUCCAAGGCGCCGCCGACUCAGGCUGACGAAGGAAAGCCAGAGGACUGGCUGUACAGAGACUCCACAGAGGCGAAGGCAGAGAGCAGGAACGACGACUCCGAGACUGAGGGGCCGAGCAAAGGGGCCGACGGCGCCACGGUGCUUCCCCAGCAACCACAGAGGGUGGCGCUGUUCCCAGGAAUGGAUGCUUCAGCGUUAAAGGCGCAGCUGAAGAAGCGAGGCGACUCUGACAAUCAGACCGACGGGCCCGCCCCCCCUCCAUCGCACCCGGCCCGCUCUCCCAGGUCUCCCUUCCUUCCUCGUGCAGCGCGGGUGCUGCCCCCUGCUGGUGGGAAGGAGAACGGCGAGGAGGACUCCCCCCAGUGGCUGAAGGAGCUGAAAUCCAAGAAGCGUCUGAGUCACUAUGAGAGCGAGAGCUAGAGGAGCAGCGAGGUUGCCUUAACAGAUGAACCUGAGAACUAGAAGCCUUAACGUUUGAUCCAGAGGAGAAGGAGGGAGCCUGGAUCUCAAGCUGCUGAUAGAUUAUUAUUUUUCCAAAUAUUUUUGUUGUUAUUUUUCUCCCUCUCUGGGUUUAUAAAUGUGCAUGGUGCCUUUUUUAAAGCUGACUGACAAAAAGGAAAAAAGAAAACAAGCAAGGAACAGUUUCUGCUUCCUGUCCACUUCCUGCUGGAAGUUCUGCUGCACCUUCAGAUGAGACUGAGACUGACUUCCUCAUGCAGCUCCAUCACUCGGUGUAGGAAACAGCAGAGGAAGCGCCGUUGUCCCUACGCCGGAGGCUCCUGGCCCUUCCACCCUGAAUCACUCCACAGCCGCUGCAGAUUGUACUCAAGCUUGAUUCUUAGCUGUUUUUCAUAAUGAGGGAACGAGGAGCUUUGAAGGGAACAAUCGGAUCAGCACAAACACGACAACAAUCGUCUGUUCUCCUUCCUCUGACAGACCGGAGGCUACUAGCUGCUAGCACCCAUCCGAAGCCAUACCGCCACAUCUCGCCGGUCCACGUGCAAUCGCCCCCCCUGUGUUCAGUGUGCGUGAACAAUCGCCCCGUCUCAUCCGGGCCGGUGCCGCCCGUGUCCCAGAGUUGGACCCGAUCGCGUCCCGCUCUGGUUAAAUGUCUUGGACCCGCUCGGCGCCGGCAGCCUUCCACUUCCACAAAGCACUUUGAUGCACUGCAGCACUCGACGUCUGCCCCCUCCCUGCUGGGUUCUGUUCUGAUGGAGCCGCUGUCCUUGGGUUGGAUGUAAAUGAACUUUUUGUCUUGAAAUAUGGGGGUUAUUUUUAUGUCUCUUUUCCUUUUUUUUUUAAAGUAACCAUGUUUGUUACACUGAGUUUUUCUGACGCGGUGUCCUACAGCAAAUAAAUUCUUAAUAAAACAUGAAGUGGCCUGGAGUUGGAGCCUGA